GGUGUAAACAUUGUGUGGCUAGCACAUUUAAUAGAUUCUGUUUGAUUGUUACUGACGUAGGUUUGUAAUAAACUGAUACAUUUUUCUCUUAUUCAGUUCAUAAGAUUAUAAUUAAAGCCAUGGAAUAUAAACACAAGGAAGAAAUACCAAUGGGAUGAUCUAGAUGCUAAAUUGUUAAAUGCUUUGUUGGAGAAGAUAUAUUGAAGAUUAAUAAAAGAAAAAAGAACAGUGUUUUUUUAAAAACAUUUUUCAGAAACAUUACAUGAAAAAUAUUUACUUAAAAAUGGCGGCAAAUGGAUAAAUUGUUUCCGUGAUAUUGUUUUGUAUAAGGAUACUCGAAUAUAGCAACAAGAUUUACAAAUUACUGAUGGGACAGGAUGGCACGAAGUCCAAGGUUAUCAAGUUUACUCGACUCGAGUGGAAGUUUUGUGGAGGAAAGAAGUAAAACGUUUGUUGUGCCGAGUAGAAGGACGGGGAGUGCAGAUGGAGCGUCGGAGUGCGAGUUCACAAGCGGUCACGAUUUGGAAACAUUAGCGUCUCUAGUUAACACCAAGUUUGAGAAACGAGAAAGAAUGAUUAAAAGAGACAUGAGAGAAGAAAUUGAAAGAAGACUUGAGAGAGAUAAAAGACAUCACGAGGAAAUCAUUGCCACAUUAAGACGUGAUUUAUCACAACUCACUAAGAUAUCUCAAGAAUGUGACGGUGUCUGAAGGACCUCCAGAAAACCAUGCAACAGGAGAUGAAUAGCCAACAAGAAAAGAUUAUGUCGUUAAGAGAAGAAAACACACAACUUAAAAUCGAAGCAGCAAAAAUGCAAGGACUUCAUUCUGAAAUAGAGGCGCUUAAACUAGAGAAUGACUCAAUAAAACGAGAGAAAGUUGCUUUGGAAAUGAGAUCGAUAAAGUUAAAAUCAACUAUAGCAGAGAAAGAACAAGAAAUUGCCAGUUUAAAGACACUUAUAGACACGCAAUACAAAAGAAUUAAGCUAGACCUUACCAAUACUCGUGACAGAUUCCAUAACGACCAAGAAACAAUACAUUCAGGAAUGAAACAUCAAAACCUUAUGUUAGCCGAAAUCUCAGCCGCUGUGCAAACAAUAUCUACGGGUAUGGGAGGUAAAGCUGGAAGUAAAAAGGACACCAGAAGAAUAACUGAAACAAAAAGUACACCUCCAAAGAGUAAAGCUUUCAUUGCUGGUGGUAAAGCGUCAUCUGACACAACGCUUAAUAAGUUACCGGGGUAUACACAGAAAAAACGACAUUAAGUGCCAUUGUUUUGUGAAUUAAUGCUCGUGUUACUAGAGCAAAAUCUUCAACAAAAUAAGUUUAUGAAUAUGUUGAAAAAUGCAAGUCAACAUAUCAUGUCUAUAAAUAAUGUCAAUUUAAACCCAACGUUUUUCAUAAGGUAUGAAAACUGUUUUCAUUAUAGAGCAGACCAGUAUGUUCCCUUGUGACGCAGGUUUUUGUUGCCCAGAAUUAGAUUUGUACUUCUUAUCACACUUUCACUUUCUGUAAGCGCAUUGCAAAUACAUACUCGUAACAUACCAUUGUUUUUUGACGUCUGCAGGUUUUCUUUAGCAAUAACCAUCGUUUCAAACAAUACUGCCUUUACAUAUUCAAUGAUAUAUCUGCUUACCAGAAGCAAGCACUCCCCACCGUAAAAUUGUCAGUUUUCCGGUGAACUUUUAUUGUCAACUGUUCUAUAUAUGCAUUUAUGUUUUCAGUGGUGAGCAAUAAAAUUCCUGCGUAUAUCAUACGAUUGUGAUCUGAAUACGUAUUCCAUAUUUUAAGACAUUUCCUAAUUAGUAAACAAAUAGAUCUAUUUAUAUUAAUAAAAGAAUGAGUUUGAUCGUAAAUUUGCAUAAUAACUCAAGUAUUAUGAACGGAAUGAUGGCUGUGACUUUGAAUUUUUUUUGCCCCCACAAAGUGGGAGCAUAUAGCGUUGCACUUGUCCGUCUGUACGUCUGUCCGUACGUCCCGAAAUCUUGUGAACGCAACUCCUCUUAAACCGGAUAGCAGAUUUUGCUUUAACUUCCAGGGAUGAACAACCUUAAUGUGAAGAUGGUAGUAAAGGAAGGAAUUUUCGCUGCGACCAAAUUUAACAGAAUUUUGGCCCUUCUUUGAUUUUUUCACUAUAUACUAUGUAGAAAUUUUGUGAACGGAACUCCUCUUAAACCGGAUGGCAGGUUUUGCUUAAACUUCCAGGGAUGAACAACAACCUUAAUGUGUAGAUGGUAGUAAAGGAAGGAAUUUUGCUGCGACCAAAUUUAACAGAAUUAUGGCCCUUUGUUGAUUUUUAGUUUUCAACUUGUGGCACAUGUAGUCCAAAAAAUAUUUGACCUAGAGUCAUAAGAUUGACAGAACAGUGGCGUGUGGGGGCAUCCUAUGGACACAUUUCUAGUUUUUAGCUGUGUUCGUUCAAAGUUACAUGUUAUUAUAAAUACACUUGUUAAAUUUUCAAAAAAACAUGCCAUUGUAAAUAUGUACUGUUUUCUUUUUGCUAUUUCUAAUAAAUAAAUGUACACAAAUA